GGCCUAUUAUCGCCAACACAGUAACAGUAGGCACGUUCAGGAGCGUUUUGAAUACUGGCAAGUGUCAAAAAUAUGCAAUAUCAUUCUGCUGCUAGUCCUGCUCAUAACUACGUGUCUACAGCCAAGCGAGUGUUCUGAAAAAAAAACCCAGUGUCGUUAGAAAAAGCUGCAAAAUGGAAAAGGCGACCAAUUCCGCGGCCGCUAAGCCUCAAGGCAACAACAAAAAGCAGGAAAGCGCUUAUAACGGCACAGCUAAAGACAAGAAGAAGCCCAAUCUAGAUAUAGAAACGACUGAUUCCGAUUUGCUAUCUGAUAUGCACCUCGACGGGACCAAGGAGCAGAAGGUGCAGACCCUUUUCUCUAAAGUAUUCGAGGACACCGGUCCAUCAACCGCCAAGACCGCAGAUCGCAAGCGACGUCUUCAGGCCGAGGCGGACGCCAACAAUAAUGAUGCCGAAAAAGCCAAUAAGUUGGCCAAGACUUCGGUAGCUACUACUGAUAUACACCUCGACGUGACCAAGGAGCAGAUGGAGCAUUGCAAGAAGGUGCAGGCCCUUUUGCCCAAAGGCGCUGAAAAGGAAUCUAAAGUAUUCGACGAUGGCACCGGUCCAUCAACAUCCAGCAAGGAGGCCGCCAAGACCGCAGAUAGCAUGCGACGUCUUCAGGCCAAGGUCGACGCCAAGGCCGCGCGUCGCAAGCGACGUCUUCUGGCCAAGGCCGACGCCAAGGCCCCACGUCGCAAGCGACGUCUUCAGGCCAAGGCGGACGCCAACAAUAAUAAUACCGAAAAAGUCAGUAAGUUGGCCAAGACUUCGGUAGCUACUACCGAUAUGCAACUCAACGUAAUCAAGGAGCAGAUGGAGCAUUGCAAGAAGGUGCAGGCCCUUUUGCCCAAAGGCGCUGAAAAGGAAUCUAAAGUAUUCGACGAUGGCACCGGUCCAUCAACAUCCAGCAAGGAGGCCGCCAAGACCGCAGAUAGCAUGCGACGUCUUCAGGCCAAGGUCGACGCCAAGGCCGCACGUCGCAAGCGACGUCUUCAGGCCAAGGCGGACGUCAACAAUAAUGAUACCGAAAAAGCCAGUAAGUUGGCCAAGGAAUCGGUAGCUACUACUGAUAUGCACCUCGACGUGACCAAGGAGCAGAUGGAGCAUUGCAAGAAGGCGCAGACCCUUUUGGCCAAUGAAUCCACACGCGCUGAAAAGGAAUCUAAAGUAUUCGACAAUGACGCCGGUCCAUCAACAUCCGGCAAGGAAGCCGCAGCCGCCAAGACCGCAGAUCACGAACGACGUCUUCAGGCCGAGGCGGACGCCAACAAUAAUGAUACCGAAAAAGCCAGUAAGUUGGCCAAGGAAUCGGUAGCUACUACUGAUAUGCACCUCGACGUGACCAAGGAGCAGCUGGAGCAUUGCAAGAAGGCGCAGACCCUUUUGGCCAAUGAAUCCACACGCGCUGAAAAGGAAUCUAAAGUAUUCGACAAUGACGCCGGUCCAUCAACAUCCAGCAAGGAAGCCGCAGCCGCCAAGACCGCAGGUCACGAACGACGUCUUCAGGCCGAGGCGGACGCCAACAAUAAUGAUACCGAAAAAGCCGGUCAGUCGGCCAAGGAAUCGGUAGCUACUACUGAUAUGCACCUCGACGUGACCAAGGAGCAGAUGGAGCAUUGCAAGAAGGCGCAGACCCUUUUGACCAAUGAAUCCAAACGCGCUGAAAAGGAAUCUAAAGUAUUAGACUAUAGCACCGGUCCAUCAACAUCCAGCAAGGAAGCCGCAGCCGCCAAGACCGCAGAUCACGAACGACGUCUUCAGGCCGAGGCGGACGCCAACAAUAAUGAUACCGAAAAAGCCGGUCAGUCGGCCAAGGAAUCGGUAGCUACUACUGAUAUGCACCUCGACGUGACCAAGGAGCAGAUGGUGCAUUGCAAGAAGGUGCAGGCCCUUUUGGCCAAUGAAUCCAAAGGCGCUGAAAAAGAAUCUAAAGUAUUAGACUAUAGCACCGGUCCAUCAACAUCCAGCAAGGAAGCCGCAGCCGCCAAGACCGCAGGUCACGAACGACGUCUUCAGGCCGAGGCGGACGUCAACAAUAAUAAUACCGAAAAAGCUGGUCAGUUGGCCAAGGAAUCGGUAGCUACUACUGAUAUGCACCUCGACGUGAUCAAGGAGCAGAUGGAGCAUUGCAAGAAGGCGCAGACCCUUUUGACCAAUGAAUCCAAACGCGCUGAAAGGGAAUCUAAAGUAUUCGACAAUGACGCCGGUCCAUCAACAUCCAGCAAGGAAGCCGUAGCCGCCAAGACCGCAGAUCACGAACGACGUCUUCAGGCCGAGGCGGACGCCAACAAUAAUGAUACCGAAAAAGCCGGUCAGUCGGCCAAGGAAUCGGUAGCUACUACUGAUAUGCACCUCGACGUGACCAAGGAGCAGAUGGAGCAUUGCAAGAAGGCGCAGACCCUUUUGACCAAUGAAUCCAAACGCGCUGAAAGGGAAUCUAAAGUAUUCGACAAUAACGCCGGUCCAUCAACAUCCAGCAAGGAAGCCGUAGCCGCCAAGACCGCAGAUCACGAACGACGUCUUCAGGCCGAGGCGGACGCCAACAAUAAUGAUACCGAAAAAGCCGGUCAGUCGGCCAAGGAAUCGGUAGCUACUACUGAUAUGCACCUCGACGUGACCAAGGAGCAGAUGGUGCAUUGCAAGAAGGUGCAGGCCCUUUUGGCCAAUGAAUCCAAAGGCGCUGAAAAAGAAUCUAAAGUAUUAGACUAUAGCACCGGUCCAUCAACAUCCAGCAAGGAAGCCGCAGCCGCCAAGACCGCAGGUCACGAACGACGUCUUCAGGCCGAGGCGGACGUCAACAAUAAUAAUACCGAAAAAGCUGGUCAGUUGGCCAAGGAAUCGGUAGCUACUACUGAUAUGCACCUCGACGUGAUCAAGGAGCAGAUGGAGCAUUGCAAGAAGGCGCAGACCCUUUUGACCAAUGAAUCCAAACGCGCUGAAAGGGAAUCUAAAGUAUUCGACAAUGACGCCGGUCCAUCAACAUCCAGCAAGGAAGCCGUAGCCGCCAAGACCGCAGAUCACGAACGACGUCUUCAGGCCGAGGCGGACGCCAACAAUAAUGAUACCGAAAAAGCCGGUCAGUCGGCCAAGGAAUCGGUAGCUACUACUGAUAUGCACCUCGACGUGACCAAGGAGCAGAUGGAGCAUUGCAAGAAGGUGCAGGCCCUUUUGGCCAAUGAAUCCAAAGGCGCUGAAAAGGAAUCUAAAGUAUUAGACUAUAGCACCGGUCCAUCAACAUCCAGCAAGGAAGCCGCAGCCGCCAAGACCGCAGAUCACGAACGACGUCUUCAGGCCGAGGCGGACGCCAACAAUAAUGAUACCAAAAAAGCCGGUCAGUCGGCCAAGGAAUCGGUAGCUACUACUGAUAUGCACCUCGACGUGACCAAGGAGCAGAUGGAGCAUUGCAAGAAGGCGCAGACCCUUUUGGCCAAUGAAUCCAAAGGCGCUGAAAAGGAAUCUAAAGUAUUAGACUAUAGCACCGGUCCAUCAACAUCCAGCAAGGAAGCCGCAGCCGCCAAGACCGCAGAUCACGAACGACGUCUUCUGGCCGAGGCGGACGUCAACAAUAAUGAUACCGAAAAAGCCGGUCAGUCGGCCAUGGAAUCGGUAGCUACUCAAGGAGCCAGCGCCACCGAACGCAAGCAAUCAUUUAGUCUGGGACUGGAGCACACCUCGCCGAUCCAGGUUAAUGGCGCGGCUUUGGCCUGCCCGUUGGUGCGCAAAUCGCUGCCCCCAGGGGAGGCCAAUUCCUGUCCUCCGCCGCCCAAAAGGGACCCAGCAGCCGUGAAGUCAUCAGUUAAAAUAAUUAAGGUUAAAGCCCCCGAAGAGGGCAAUAAUAACAAUGAUGAAAAGGAGAUGUCAACCGAAACAUCAGAAACUCACAAAACCGACAGCGUCGAAGAGGGUCGUCGCGUCGUGAAGUGGAUAAUCUUUCCGAUCAAAACUAAAAUCUUCUUUAAACACUUCUGGGAGCAAACCGCCUGCCUGGUGCAGCGCACGAAUCCCAAAUAUUUUCAAAGUCUAAUAUCAUUCAAGAUGCUUGACGAAAUACUGAUUCGCCAUCAUUUGGACUUCACCGUCAACCUGGAUGUGACCACUUACAAGAACGGCAAGCGUGAGACACUGAAUCCUGAGGGUCGUGCCUUGCCACCAGCUGUGUGGGGCUUCUAUUCGGAAGGCUGCAGCAUUCGUUUACUGAAUCCUUCUGCCUAUCUAACUCGCUUGCGUGAGGUGUGCACCGUUUUGCAGGAGUUCUUUCAUUGCAAGGUGGAGGCAAAUAUGUACCUAACCCCACCCAAUAGCCAGGGCUUUGCGCCCCAUUACGAUGACAUCGAGGCCUUCGUUAUCCAAGUGGAGGGACGCAAGCGCUGGCUUUUGUACGAGCCGCCCAAGGAGGCCGAUCAUCUGGCCAGGAUCUCGUCGGGCAACUAUAAUCAAGAACAUCUGGGUAAGCCCAUAAUUGAUGAGGUACUAAGCGCCGGCGAUGUGCUAUAUUUUCCCAGAGGCACCGUUCACCAGGCCAUCACCGAGGAGCAACAGCACUCUCUGCACAUUACCUUGAGUGUGUACCAACAGCAGGCAUAUGCCAAUCUCCUAGAGACACUAAUGCCCAUGGUUCUCAAGAAGGCCGUCGAUCGGAGUGUGGCCUUGCGUCGCGGCUUGCCGCUGCACACAUUUCAAGUUUUGGGCAAUGCCUACAAGGCAAAUGACUGCGGGUCGCGCCAACUGCUGGUGGAGAAUGUGCAGAAGCUGGUGACCAAAUACUUGAUGCCCUCCGAAGAUGAUAUUGAUGAGGCCGUCGACCAAAUGGCCAAGAAGUUCCAGCACGAGGCACUUCCGCCGAUCGUAUUGCCCUCGGAGGAGGUCCGCACUGUUCAUGGGGCCCGCAGUGGCGCCGAUGAGCAGGGCAACUGCGUCUGCGAUUACAAAUUCAAUGAAAAGACAUCCGUGCGCCUGCUGCGCGCCAACAUUCUGCGUCUGGUCACCGAGCCCGAUGGCAGCGUGCGUAUCUACCACCAUGCGGACAAUGGACUGGAUUACUGCAAGUACGAGCCCUAUUUCAUGGAGAUUCUGCCAGAGGAAGCUAAAGCCGUUGAACUCCUCAUAUCGGCCUAUCCAUAUUACCUCACCAUUGACCAGUUGCCAUUGAAGUCUUCGGCUCGCAAGGUGGAGGUCGCCACCGCCCUGUGGGAGCAUGGUCUUCUUAUGACCGAGAAGCCGUUUAAGUAGACGGCAAUCGAAGGCGAUGUGCUGUUGAUAAUUAGAAUUUAGUAUCGAUGCGAAUGUGUGUGCCUAAAAAUUAUUACUUUUGUAUAAAUAUUUAACAAGAUUUCUAAUGCUCCAAUUCUGAAGAAAUAAAAGCAUAAGCAGAUGCAAUCCAGCUGCGCCUGAA